AUGACAAAAUGUCAAAAACCUUCUCCACGAUGGCAGACUACUGCUAAAGUCCCAAAGGCGUCAAAGUCCUCUUCAGGGUCCUCUGCUAUCUGGGGAGGUGCCGCAGUAGUUGCCAUUGGAGGGGCGGCCUAUUGGCUGAACAAGAAACCAACCAACAACAAGACACUUGAAGUCCCCAUUGUCAAGCCUGUCACUUUAGAGGUGGAAAUUCCGGUAACAUCUCCAGUGAAGGCGUUUGAUCUCAGAUCUGCAAACGAAAAAUUGCGAGAACAAGCUCAAUCAUUCAUCUUUGAUAGCACAAAUGGGGAAAAGGGUCGUGUUGAUACUGUACGUGUCGCCAGCAACGACCCAGUAGAGGAUGAAUGGUCCAUUGGGCUUGGCGGUGGAAUCCAGGGCGAGAAGACGUUGUACGCUGGGGUUUUUGAUGGCCAUGCCGGUUGGGCUACGUCUAAAGUCCUAAAAGAGGCACUGAUUCCGUACGUCUCCUCAUCUCUGGGGAAGAUAGGGCAUAGCAGUUCCGGAGAUGUUGUCGAUGCCGCAAUCCAAAAGGCUUUUACAAAUCUUGAUGAUCGCAUCAUGUCAAAUGCGCAACAGGCUGUCGAUGGAGGUUGCGAGCCAGGCUCUGCUGAAGCCAUUUCCGCCCUGGCUCCCGCAUUUGCAGGGUCCUGCGCCCUGCUUACUAUUUAUGAGCCCAAAUCAUCCACCCUGCGCACAGCUGUGACGGGAGAUUCGCGGGCUGUUUUGGGAUCUUGGUCGGCUGAUACCAACGCAUUCACGGCUCAUGCGUUGAGCAAAGACCAGACUGGCUUCAAUGAAGAAGAAGUUAAGCGUCUGAAUGCUGAGCACCCUGGCGAAGGUAGCGACAUUCUCAGUGCUGAAACCGGAAGACUCAUGGGCAUUGCUGUAACUAGAGGAUUUGGCGACCAUCGCUGGAAGUGGACAAAUGAGUUCAUCAAGCAUCUGCAAUCCAAUUUUUACGGCAGUGCUCCCCGGCCUAAAUCGAAGACACCCCCAUAUAUGACCGCCUCCCCAGAGAUAACCACCAGGAAAGUUGAAUCAUCUGACUUUGUGAUUCUUGCCUCUGAUGGUCUGUGGGAUGUUAUGUCCAACGAUGACGCAGUGGCCUGUGUAUCUCGAUGGCUGGCAGCUCGUCGGAAAGGGAAGCCGGAGAAUGUGGGGGACGCCAAGUUCACCUCAUACACGCUCGAUGAGGAUGGAUUCGCGAGUUAUAAAGCAACGCCUGAGUACUUUGCUAUAGAAGAUCUGGAUAAUGCGGCUGUGUGUUUAGUUAAGAACGCUCUUGGUGGGCGGAGGAGAGGGCUAUUUUGCGGAGCCAUGACUGUGACUAGUCCUCUAAGUCGAUAUAUGAGGGACGAUAUCACGGUACAAGUCGUGUUUUUUAAAGACCCUUGA